AUGUCCGGGACAGAGCCAGGUUCCGCAAGCUCUGUUGCCGGGCCAUCCAAGCAGCAGAACGGCUCAGCGGAGAAGAGAAACGCUUUUACCGAACUUCUUUCAUCCCGCAGCAAGCUGUCCAAGCACACGAUGGCGAGCACAUCCAAGACCCCGCCUUUGAAGAGCAGCCCGGCGCAGUUCAGUCAGUUCGGAGGGCGCGAAGGACUGGGUGCCUACAUUGCAAAGCCAGAGUCUUACCCAUCCAAUAUAGUGAUCUAUCACAAUGCGGAGUUUGUUGCAAUCCACGACUUGUUCCCAAAGUCCUCCCUGCAUUUGCUGCUUCUCCCUCGCGAUCCAACUAAAACUCGUCUGCAUCCCUUCGAAGCCUUUGAAGACGUCGAGUUUCUUGCCAAAGUGAAGUUCGAAGCCCAAAAACUCCGCUCCUUGGCAGCUGGCGAACUACGACGCAAAUACGGAAAGGACUCUGCGCAGGAAAGAGCAAGACAACAGGCUCUGAGUGCCGAUCCGCCACCGGACGAGCUACCACCUGGACGAGACUGGGACAAGGAAAUCAUGUGUGGAAUCCAUGCCGUGCCAUCAAUGAGCCAUCUUCAUGUGCACGUGAUUGCAGUCGAUCGUUACAGUGACUGCUUGAAACACCGGAAGCACUACAACAGCUUUGCAACACCGUUCUUUGUGCCCAUUGACGACUUUCCUUUAGCCAAGGAUGAUGUGCGGCGGUAUCCCACGCGGGAGGGAUAUCUACGACAUGACUUCAUUUGCUGGCGCUGUGGGGAAAACUUUGCAAACAAGUUCGUCGAGCUGAAGAAGCAUCUAGCGCUGGAGUUUGCAGAAUGGAAGAGAUUAUAA